CCGGGAGUCGUCUUGUGCAACAGGAGCCUCGUCUGCCGCCCCUCGCACGACAACUCGUUCUACAGAGCUUGACUUUGACCUGGCCAACAGCUUACAAGAAGAGGGUCAUCCUUUGCAGCAUUACCUCCUCCACGGAUUUCUCCGCACCCGCCGGGACUACGGAAAACUUGCCCAGGUCUCGAAGAAAAUCGGGACAGCCUUGCAGCUCGCGGAGAACACCCUAACGAAAAUCGGGCAGAAAGUCUACGAGCCUUUCCGUUCGAGGGACGAACUCAAGCGCACGGUGGAGCUUUGGUGGACUGACUUAACGUACAGGAAGCAGUACGACCCGAAAAAGUACGAGGAUCUGCGGAACGAAGCAGAGGCAAAAUACGGCCCAGUGGAGCAGUGGGACGUUGGUCUCCUUGGGUGGUCUCUUCCAGGUUUUUGUGGAAAGUAUGAAAUGCCGUGGAAGCAAAAGUACCUCCCGUCUUUCCGGAUCUCGCAUUGGCGUACUAGAGGCAUCAAGUCGAUGCGCCAUCUUUUUUCAUACUGUAAGGGUUUUAACCAGCCGCUACACUGGGACACGAGCACAGUGCGCGACAUGACAGGCAUGUUUUCGCACUGUAGCGACUUCAACGACUCCUCCAUUAGCUCGUGGAACGUGAGCAAUGUAGUAGACAUGGGUUCUAUGUUUUACAACGCCACAAGCUUCAAUCAGAAUCUCGGGAGUUGGAAGCUCAGCCCGGAUCUGCUCGACGUAUACAACAUGUUUGGCGAUGCUGCCGCGUUCGACCAAAACCUCUACGCAUGGGGGUGGUGCCCUGCACUAGCGAGAUUAAGUGGAGAUCGCUGCCCUUACUCGAUAUCUUAUGUGCUUUCGAACACGAUUGUUGGUCGCCGUCUGCGUAUUGUCGAAAACGACUUGAAUCCUGGAAAGACACGGCUU